AGGUGCCGCCUGGGCGCACAUGCUGCCCCCUUGUCUGGAUGUCUGACCCAUGGUGGGAAAAGGCAGCUGCCUCCAGGUUGGAUGUGAAUGGACCAGGCCUGGGACAAAGCCCGUGGGCCUUGGCCGAGCACGGCCGCCGUCCGGGUGCGGGAGCUGAGCUGGCAAGGCCUGCACAACCCCUGCCCGCAGAGCAAGGACCCGGGUAGCCCCAGGGGUGGCCCUGGCAAGCAGCUGGUAGAGGAGCGCCUGUCACCUGCCCAGCUGCGGGCCCUGGCCCAGGUAGAUGACCUCCGACUGGUGACCAUGCUGGAGAUGUGCGUCAGCACCCGGGAGAGCAGCCUGGGGAACUUCGCACACGGCCCUGAGGUUGCCUCCAGGACUCAGCAGCCAUCGAUCGGCAGGGGUCAAGGGGCACCGGUGUCUCUGGAGGGUGCAGAGAGAGACCUGGGCACCUCCCUGGGCCACUUGCAGGUGUUGUGGCUGGCUUGCUGUGGCCUGAUGGACCUGGACGGCAUUGGCUGCUUCCCGGCCCUGAAGGAACUCUACGUCUCUUACAACAACGUCUCAGACCUGAGCCCCCUGUGCCUGCUGGAGCAGCUGGAGGUCCUGGACCUGGAGGGCAACAGUGUGGAGGACCUGGAGCAGGUUCGCUACCUGCAGCUGUGCCCAAGGCUGGCCACGCUCACCCUGGAGGGCAACCUGAUGUGCCUGCGGCCGGGGCCCGGCGCCUCCAACCAGGCGCCCUGGGGCUACGACUACCGGGCAGAGGUGAGGACCCGCAUCCCGCAGCUGCAGGUCCUGGAUGACGUGCCAGCCGCACACAUGGGCGCGCCAGGCUCCCGGAAGCUGGACCAGGACUGGUUCGUGGUGAAGGAGGCCAUCAAGGAGGGCAGCGGCUUGGACAGCCUGCUCCCGGGGCUGGAUCAUCCCCACGGAGCUCCUGUUCCAAGACUCGGCUCCCAGCUCUCCUUGCCUGAGACCCAGCCCCGGAACUCCAGGACAGGGCCCCUCUCCCUGUUGGCCACUGGAGGUCCCCUGCCUGGAGGCCGGCUUCCCAAGGACCCAGCUCCACAGGAUGACACCAGUAACCUCACCCACGGUGCCAGCAGAGUCCUCUGCGGAAACCCCACCAAAGGCCUGCGGGAGCGUCGACAGCACUGCCAGGCCCAGGCAGCUCUGGAGCAUCUGGCCCCGCAGGAGGACCCGGCUGCCAGUACCUCCCCAGGGCCUGAGCCUGCGGACAGCAGUGACCUCCUGGCCUUGGCUAGGCUCCGGGCCCGAAGGGAGCUUCACCUUUGUCCCCUUCCCAGCAGGUGCCUGGAGUCCCAGCAGGAAAGUGCCACAGCCUCCUGGGACCCACGGAGGGGCCUUGAAGAACGAGAGGACAAAUCUAGGCCCAGGACCCCCUCCGGACCCCUCUGCCUGGCCACAGAGCCUUCUAGGACCUUGGGCUGUAACCUGAUCCCCUCUCCCCCUAAGUUCCCCAUGCCAUCUGAGUCCAGCAAUAGCUCCUGGGGGUCCGCAGACCUGCAGUUCAGGAGGCGUAGGCUCAGAGCCUUAGGCAGCUUGAGGCCUGGCCUGGGUCAGGGGCUAGCUGCGGUGAUGGCUCUGAGAACCCUGGAAAUGACUGCAGGCCCAAACCCUGGAGCCCGAGCAUGUCCAGGCCCAAAGCCAGCCCCAGAUCCAGCAGCCAGACCCCCAGGCCCCCCGUGUGUGCCGCACCUGAACCCUAUCACCCCAGCCCAAUCCCACCCCUAGUGUAACCCCCCAGCCACUGCCAAGCUGGCCUGGACUGCGGGCCAAGGAGCCCCAGUGUGGUGGUGGGAACCCCAUGUGAACCCUGGCCUUAUGGAACCCAGAGCAUCCUGGGGAGUGUGUUGGGGGUGGGAAAUAGGCUUGACAUAAGAGAGACCCUUCUUGGUGGAGGGGAGUGGGGGGUUGGGAUUGCUGGCAGUGGGCACAAGGAAGAGUCCAGAAUAGAGGAACCCAGUUCCCCCCGCUGCCCCUCUGCCCACUCCUUCUAUGGGGCCUGGCCUUCCCAGGAGGAGUGGUCAGAGCUCGGGCUCGGAAGACACAGGCUGGGCCCAGGCCGAGGUGGCUGGAGUGCAGCCAGCACCCUCCCCCCAACCCUGGGGGAUUUGUGCGGGUCCUUGCCCACGCAGGGGCCGGGCGGCCAGCGCCCUUCCCUUGGGGCAGCACACUCUGAAACCAAACGAAUCCUCUCUAAGGACUCUCAGGUACAUAAAUGCGGUUUACUUCGUAGGCGACGUUGGUUCAAUAAAUUGUGCAGAUGGCA